AUUAUAUCUGUGACGAUGUUCUGUACUGUAGCAGAAUUUUGUCCUUGUUAAUGAUACUUUAUUCGUAGGAGUGUAGUGAUCUGUAAUAGCAUGAUAACAGUUUGAUAAAUGGACGUAUUGACAAAGUUGAGAUAGGAAGGUGCGAAAGUUGUAACUAAUAUGCCCACUUAAAAUUAAAAGAUCUUGCAUGUAUUAUUUCCUAGACAGCAGAAGCGGUCAGAUCAGAAUGCUGUACUGUCCGCCAAACGUGACACUUGGUGAAGUGUGGAUAAACAAUGGGACAUCACAAUGUUUCAUGGAGACACUCACAGUCAGUAUUACUGCUGGCAUACUGCUUCUUUUUGGGUCAGCACAGUUCUGGAUGUACAAAAAAUAUGGUACGCGGGUGGCACAAUUGUCAUUACCACGUUCAAAGCUCUAUUAUGCCCAGAUUUUCAUUACGUUUCUCCUGCCUAUCUUGGCAGUUGUGCGGUUCAUACUGCAGGCGACAGUUCUCAAAGGAGGAUUUGUUUAUGGUUACAUGAUUCUGUCUCUCUUGCUGACUAUAGCCAUGUUCCCGUUCUCAGCCAUUCUAAUUAUUUUGGAACGCAACUAUCUUCUGCCGUCAGUUCCGACGCGAGGCCACGGUUUGGUUCUCUUAUUUUUCUGGACAUUAGUGCUUGCAUCCGAGAGCUUGUCUUUCAUCAAUCUGAACAGAGACGACUGGUGGUUUCACCUCACAACACUCACAGAUGAGAUUGAGAUGGGAGUGUUUGUGACACGCUUUGUGUCGUGCGUCGUCCUCUUCGUUCUUGGAUUGCGGGCCCCGGGCAUAAUGACGAACAGAGACUAUUUUAACCUAAGCAACUCUUCCACAGAACUCAACAUUCAAAUAGACGAGAAUGAUGUGACGAAUCAAGGAUCUACAUUCCGAAAUGCAUGGAAGAAGAUUCUGGUUCUUGCGCCUUUCUUGUGGCCUAAGAAAGACCUCCCCUUACAGUUUCGUGUUUUGUUUUGCUUCCUGCUUCUGGCAGUUGGACGAGUGAUCAAUUUAUAUGUACCGAUUUACAGCAAGCUGAUCGUGGAUAGCAUGGCAGCUGAGAAUCCCAGGUUUCGUUGGGACUGGGUGCUUAUUUACGUAGGUUUCAAGUUCCUCCAGGGCGGUGGAACAGGAGGUAUGGGUCUCCUGAACAACAUCCGAUCAUUCCUCUGGAUCAGAAUACAACAGUAUACCACUCGUGAAGUUGAGGUUGAACUAUUCAAGCAUCUUCAUGGACUGAGUCUGCGGUGGCAUUUAAGCCGCAAGACGGGAGAAGUGCUGCGUGUAAUGGACCGUGGCACGGAUAGUAUCAACAACCUCCUAAAUUACAUCCUCUUCUCCAUUUUGCCUACCAUAACUGACAUUUUGGUAGCAGUGGGGUACUUCAUAUCUGCGUUUAACGGGUGGUUUGGACUCAUCGUGUUCGUCACCAUGAGUCUCUACAUAGUGGCUACAAUCUUGGUAACUGAAUGGCGAACCAAGUUCCAGCGCCGCAUGAACCUAGCAGACAAUGCCCAAACGGCUCGUUCUGUAGACUCACUGCUUAACUUUGAAACUGUCAAGUACUAUGGUGCUGAAAAUUACGAGGUGGAGAGCUAUCGUGAAGCCAUCCUUAACUAUCAGACGGAAGAAUGGAAGUCGACUGUGACACAGAACAUCCUGAACACAGUGCAGAAUGUGAUAGUGUGCGGAGGACUUCUCACAGGGUCCUUGCUGUGUGUGCACAUGGUUGUGACAAACCAGGGUCUCACAAUUGGCGAUUACGUCCUGUUUGCUUCGUACAUUAUUCAGUUGUACGUUCCACUCAACUGGUUUGGCACAUUCUAUAGAGCAAUCCAGAAGAAUUUUGUUGAUAUGGAAAACAUGUUUGACCUGAUGCGUGAAGAGCAGGAAGUCAUAGAUGCACCUGGAGCUGGGCCUCUGUCUGUGAAGCGAGGCACUGUUGAGUUUCAUAACGUCAGCUUUGGAUACAUACCUGAUAGAAUUGUUCUGAAAAAUAUCAGCUUCACUGUACCGGCAGGCAAGACGGUGGCGUUUGUGGGUCCAUCAGGAAGUGGUAAAAGUACAGUCAUUCGACUCCUAUUUCGAUUUUAUGACGUAGACUCAGGAAGUAUUGUUAUUGAUGGCCAGAAUAUUAAGACUGUGCUACAGGCAUCAUUGCGACAAGCAAUUGGUGUGGUGCCACAGGACACUGUACUUUUCAAUAACUCUAUCAAGUACAACAUCCAAUAUGGCAGGAUAUCUGCAUCAGACGAAGACAUCGUAGCUGCCGCAAAACAUGCCGAUAUUCACGACAGGAUCCUAACCUUCCCCGAUGCUUAUGAAACCAAAGUGGGAGAACGAGGAUUGAAGCUGAGUGGGGGCGAGAAGCAGCGUGUGGCUAUUGCUCGCACACUGCUUAAAUCUCCUAGUAUUGUGUUGCUUGAUGAAGCUACAAGUGCAUUGGACACACAGACAGAGAGGAACAUCCAAGCUGCUCUGAACAGAGUGUGUGCCAACAGGACCACCAUUGUGGUGGCACAUCGACUGUCGACCAUAAUUCAUGCUGAUGAGAUCCUUGUACUGAAGGAGGGUGAGAUUGUGGAGCGAGGCAGACACGAAGAUUUAAUAGCAUUGGGCAAUGUGUAUGCAGCUAUGUGGGAGCAGCAGUUGAAAAUAGAUGAUAUGCCACAAGAACAAGAAAGUGAAGGAGACGUGAACAAGAAAACAAGUGCUAGCAGUGCAUGAGUUAACACUUUUCUGCCAGGUAUAAAAAUGUCAGUUUAGUACAUUCAGAUCCAGCUGGAAAUUUGUCAGACUGCUCUUGCCAUAUUCAUCCACACUUCUGAAUAUUCAUACAUAAGCAAGUUGCCAUCCGGCCUCUGCUAGUAGCGUUAUUUUACAAAAAGAAAAAGGUUGCAAUAUUGUUAUGUCUGAAAUGUUUCCUUUCAUGUUUCUUAAACUUUUAUCCAUUGUUAGUUUAUUACAAGUCAUCUGCUGAGUAUACGUGUUAAUAAAUAUUGCGUAAGGGACUUCCAGAUACUAAGCAGGAGUCAUAAUUACUCAACCAUGAAUUUCAAUGGUCUGAAUAUUCUAAUCUUGUGAGCUAAGCAGUUUUGCUAAAACAAAGCGUUAGUAUUUUUUUUGUAUAAAUAAGAUAUUUCAGAUGUAAGUUGAAAAUCAGUACAUUUUCAUAUUCCUCAAAGUUUCUAUUUUGGUAUGAGAAGGCUUUGCGGAAAUUGAAUUAUAUCUGUUGAAGAAAAGUUGUAUUACUUUGAUGACUGAGCUCAGACAUUGAGAGCUGUCAUAAGCACAGAGAAGGCGUACUCAUGUGAAUGGCAAUUACUGCUAUUGGCAGUGAAUAUGUUAACCAUUUCAUAGUGUAAUUUAUUUAUAUUAUGUAUAUAUUUAGCUUUUAUUUUAGAAAUUAUAAUAGGUAGUUACUAUUAAAGUACAAUCCCCAUUUAAUGUUUCUUGGAGAGAAAUGUAUUUGAACAAUUAAUCCACUGUGCAGCGCCUUUCUUUCAAAAUUGGUAGUUACUCAUCUGGUCAAGAAAUUCCCAGCUGUUAAGGAACCGAAGACAUGAAAACCUAUCUUCACAGCCUCUCUCCUAACCCUUUAAAGCCAAAGCUCAUCUAAAUAAUAUUUAAAAACUAAGUCAUUUAUACUACCCAUAGCCAUUACAUAGAUCAAUUGGUUAAUGUUUUUAGCACUGAGAAUAAAAGAAAACCCAUUAAUACAAAAUGCAUUGUCACUAGUAUUAAAGCUACUUGUAUGUGUAGUUAUCAUUUGGCUUUAAAGGGUUAAUAUCCAUCUGAUGUUAUUCUGUCAUCUACACUUAUGUCUCUCAAAUAGAUUGCUUCCCUUGAGGUGUUCCAACCAAAAUUAUGCAUUUUUCAUUUUUGUACUUUGUGAUCCACGUCUUACCCAUCUCAUCUUCAUCGUAUUAGACAGAAUACAAAUUAUGAAGCUUCCCAUUGUGUAAAUCGUUCAGACCUGUACCGAACGCUACACUAACGAGAAUCUUAAGUAAAGUCUGACAUGGAGGUAAUGUGGUUAGGACCAUAAAAAUUUUAAACUUAAAAUGAGGAAGGACAUGAGCAAACAUUAAAUGAAGAUUCCACUGUAUAGUGAAGUGGUCUUUCUGAUGAACUGUAUGGACAUGUUAGAACAAUUCUUUUGUAAAAAUUAAAAUGCUUCUUCAGAUGAUAACGGUAGCUGCUCCACUACAAAACUAUUUGUUCUUAUUCAGUAAUCUGGUACAAGGUAUAGGAAAUCAAAUAUUUUCAAGCCUGAAGUAAAUAGGAAUCAAUUAGAUAAAGACAUGACGACAUCACCAAAUUUCUCACAUACUCCAAAACUGGCUCAGGAUAGAAUCCAGCUCCAGGCUGUAGUGAACACAGUGACGAACCUGUACGCUUUCAUAUCAGAGAAUUUGUAGCCAAGAAGUUUUAGUGUGGUAUAUUCCAUAUUUGUGAUCUACAGAAAUGGUAUCAUGGUUCACAGAUUGUCAAGAAGGCUGUAAAACAAGAAUAACUUAACCUAUGAUAAAGGCUUGACAGUUCGUCUCUCCUCUGUAAGUUUUCCUCUUGUGUCUGGGUCCAUUUUUUCCUUACUGUCAUACUCAUUUUUCUCUGUACCCAGCCCUUUGUAACCCCAGUGACAUCUUUAUUUCUCAAUCUUUUAGAGGAAUUCUUUUGUUAUCAAUAUGUAACAGUUGUCCUUACCAUUCUGUCUUUAAUAUGAUAAACUAUUAUUACAGUGUUUCUCAAUGCAAGCAGACCUGGCAAUUUAAAUGCUAGACUAUAUUUUAGUAUAUAAAGUAUAAGAUAUAUAAGUUUAUUAUGUUCUCUACAUUGAAUGCAGAAAUUGAUAGCUAAUUAAUGUCUUGUGAAGCAUUCAGUCAUUCGUCAUUUGCAAGUUUGAAACACAAGUAGGUAGGGUGGGUAGUUUGCAGGAUCUUUGUACCCUACUGUGAUGGUCUGUGUGCCAAAAAGUUUCAUAAUCACUGGUCUAGAACAGCAGGUCUCAACAUUUUCUGCCUCACAGACUUGUACAAUUAUAGAAAUAAUAUUUAGUAUGUACUAGUUGGUCUCUAAAAGAAAUUUAAAAAGUUGUAAGUUGCAGAAUUGUAAUCUUUCUCACUGUGGUAAAAUUUUUAAUAGAAUGUUAACUA